AGAGCCGACCGAAGAGAAUCGAAGCAGACCCUACACCAAGCCCUACACAGACUCUACAUCGUCAUCUCCAGCGAUCAUCUCGUAGAUUUCGGCCGUCCAAAACCAUAGAGUUAUGUACUUUCCAAAACAUAAAUGACCAGUAAAAUAUAAUUUACAAUUCUUCUACCGGUCGCUUGGGAGAGUUUUUGUUUCACGCAACGCGUUUCUAUUUUUUAUUUAAUUUAAUUGGGGUGUAACUAGUGUCACCUGGUAGCCACUGUGGUCAGUCACGUUCAGCUCCGCACCGCACCAACCGCACCGCCACCGCUCCAUCCAUGAUCCACUCCAUCGCCUCCGCGCUCUUUCGCAGUUCGACGAGUUCGGUCUCAGUGCGUUUGGUGAACCACAGACCUAGACGCCCUGCUGCUGCAUGACUGCGUCGACUGCAUUCUGUACCGUUUAUCUUGGCUAUCUCGUAUACUUGCAAGGGUUUUGCAACUUUCGCAAGCAAGCCCUUUCUCCGCUUCCAGAGAGGCCCCGUGAUUUGGUACAUGGGGCCCGGCGGCACAGCGUGCGGCCAGUGCGGCUUUCAGUAAGAUGUCGCCGUUCAAAUCGAGCCGUCGUGAAACUGGCGUUGAUAAAUCCAGAGCGAAGGACUCGGGAAGGAAGGAUCAUCGCGUCGUCGAUAAAAUACAGGAGCUCAAGCAUUUCGACACUUUUUAUGGGCAAGCGCCUCCGGGUUUAAUUCAAGAAGAAAAAGAAAACCCAGAGGACUGCAUUCCGGAUCGUCCUGAAAACAAAAGUGCGAGAGAAUUUCUUUCCAAAGCACCAACGAAGGGGCUAUGGAUGCCGUUGGGGAAAGAAGUGAAGGUGAUGAAAUGCUGGAGGUGCAAGGCGUACGGACACAGGACCGGUGACAAGGAAUGCCCGAUGUUCCUGAGUGGAAACUCCGCCAGUGAACAGUUCAGAUUCGUCCACGAAGAUCCAAUGCACGAGUUCCUGAAGGAGAGCAAAGAGGAUGAAAAGCAAGAGCGCAUUCGGCAGCUUCAAGCACUACUGGAGGAGUCAACAGACUCGGACAGCAGCACGAGCUCCUCAAGCAGCAACUCGCAAACGGAAACGAAAAAGCGGCGUCACAAGCACACACAUUCCAAGCACAAGUCAAAGAAGAAACAGAAGCGACACCACAAAUCCAAAAAGAAGCAGAAGAAGAAAUAAGGAUUUGUUUCGCUUUUAUACAUUUCACUCCAGUUCUUUCAUGUCUGAUUGUUUUCAUAACUUAAUAAAAAAGACAAUAUUGGAAUUA